GACCGGAAGUGCGUGGGCUUCCCGGCUGGCUCUCCUUAGGGUUUUUAGGAAACCUGGAAGCGGCGGCAAUAGUUGGAGUCCGAACACCCUUGUGACCGUCUCCGGGUGCCCUGUGAGAGGAAAGGGGAGGAAAUAUAAGAAAAUAAUGGAGUUUUGAAGUUCUUGGCAUAUUUCAGAGGCUACAUGCACAUUGUGGAGAAGGCUCUUUCGUCAUAUAUGAUGUUUUCCCUUUCUUUUUUUUCCUUCUGUUGAUAGCUCUGGAAUGAUUAGCAUCUAGGCCCUGACCAGCUGCUUGGAUGCCACUGGGAUCAUCUUCCUCUUCGAUGCCGCUAUCCUUCCCUUCUCCCUUACCCUCGGUACCAGACAAUAUUUCUAACUCUUCCCCUCCCCCAAUGUCUUACAUCACUUCCCAGGAGAUGAAGUGUAUUCUUCACUGGUUUGCCAGCUGGUCAGGUCCUCAGCGUGAACGUUUCCUACAGGACCUGGUAGCUAAGGCAGUACCGGGAAAAUUGCAGCCACUGCUGGAAAGUCUGGAGCAGCUUAGCGUGUCUGGAGCAAACCGACCACCUUGUAUCUUUGAGUGCCAGCUACGUCUUUGGGAUCAGUGGUUUCGAGGCUGGGCUGAGCAGGAGCGCAAUGAAUUUGUCCGGCAGCUGGAGGUCAGUGAGCCAGACUUCGUUGCAAAGUUUUACCGAGCAGUGGCUGCUACCGCUGGUAAAGACUGAUAGGCAUUAAAAUCAAAGAAGAUAACCAGAGCUAAUGGAGCCGAGGCCACAACUUUACCAUGAGAACUUCAAAUGUAUCACUUAAAGGCUUGGGGAUGGUGUCCCGAUCAGCUGACUGAACUCGCUGACCAGUACAGGCCUGGUGGUUUCAACAGCCGAUCAACUGGACUCCUAGGGUAAAUGUUUUCCAUCUAAGCAAAUCCAGAUCAGCAGUCUGUCUCCUAGCUUACUUCUUUCCAAGAGAUGUCAAACCCUCAAGAAUUUAAAGACUUCUUUUACAACUAUAACCGAAAGGAAUCUACACCAUUAUAACUCAAAAGCCUA